AUGAAGGCGACUGGGUGUUGGGUUCCCUUAGUGGUGACAGUAAUAGGUCAGUUAAGUUGUGUAGUGGGGGCGAGAGAGCCCCUGGUGAACGAACAAGAGUUUGGAGCCUUAUGUGCUAUGAUAAACUUUUCCCAAGAUCUGGAAACGCAGCAACUCGAAGAAAGCGUCAAAGACUCAGCGAGGCAUAUUGGAGCCAUUGGUUUGGCUGUUGGGCUUCAAAGUUUGUCCGAGGCGGAAGACGUAGAAAAUGUCCAGGUAGGCCGGCAAGGCGAAGGUGGAGGGGGAGGAGGCUACUGGAGCUUCUGGGAAGAAGCGGGAACCAAACUUAAAGGUGACAAGACUCGGUAUAUUCAGUGGGUUGAAGCGAACUUCGACAUACUAAGGAAGGAAAAAAUAAAAGAAGCAGUAGAAAACGCGCACACGUGCAUGAAAACAAACAACAAUUUGUGGCUGGAGCUGAAAAUGAGCCCGAUCAACAAGAGUUUAAGUGACGCACUCAGUGGGUCGAACAAAGCUGAUGUUAUGAUAAAGCAACACCUGGAAGCUGUGGAAGUUUGUGGAGGAAAAGGUGGACAACCAAGUGUGUGGGCAGGAAAGUCGUUGAUCGUGGAUUUGUUGUGCAUAUGCGGAGGUUCUCCCAUGCCGAACGAUCGGCAGCAGGCAUGCUGCGAAGGCUGCAGCACCGGUGCAAAUGAAGAUCCAUGGAAGCCAGUAGAGCAAUCGAACACUCGAUGGAAACAUCUGGCCCAAAGAUGCAAGUCGAUCGGUACCAACGAGAAACUAUCCAGCAGUUCCCUCUCACGCGCCACUAAGGUUUUUUUGGAGGUCCUUAAACGUUCUACAGCACAGAAGGAAGGUACAAAAACAUUUCUCGGAGCAGCGAGCGGGGAGCCCCAGCACGGAUGCACUGGGCACACGCAACCAGGUAACGGAAAAUGCGUCCAAUAUCCAACGGAGAUGGUAGGUAAUGAGAACCCUGCGGUCCCUUGGCUCCUGGUAUUGCAACAAGCAGCUACUAGGAUAGAUAAGUUAAGAGAAAUUGAGAAAAAAUUGAAGGAUAUCCUGAGAAAUGUUGAGAGUAUAAAAACAAGCAAACUAAGCCAAAUGCCCCGAUCCGGAAUCUCUCAACUUAAAGAUGGCACAACAUGUAACAAGGGACGUGGGCAAAAGGGUCCUAGCUCCGGCGUUGAAUGCAGUGAGUGCGAAAGUCAAGCAGAAUGUACGCACACAGGUUGCAACAAACGGGAAGGAAACUGCAUAGAUAUAAAAAGACCGCCAUUAGCAAGCCAAGCAGACAAAAUCAGUGUUCCGUUGUGGCUAUUUUUCCUUCCAUGA